AUGUCGUCCCACUCUUCCGAACGUACAGUCUCCGCUGCCGGCACCCCGUCUCCGGCCGGCGGGCCGUCUCUCGCCGGCGCUCAUCAUUACGUGACGAUGAAACUCACGUCACGUAACUUCUUGUUUUGGCGCGCCCAGCUAAUUCCCUUUCUCCGGGGUCAAGAGUUGCUGGGCUUUGUUGACGGUUCUCUUCCGUGUCCACCGGAAACCGUCACUGCUGCUCCGUCAUCGGAGGGAUCGUCGGCAGGCACCACCGCGGCGACCAUCGUUCCCAAUCCGGACCACCGGGCAUGGGUGAAACAGGAUCAAUCGAUCAUGUCUCUCCUGAUUUCAUCCAUGUCGGAUGAAGUGCUGCAUUUAGCGCUUGGCCGAACUACAUCGGCAGAGAUAUGGCAAUCCAUCACCUCCGCACUCGGAUCCUCAAGCCAAGCCCGCUGUCUCAAUCUUCUCGGGCAAUUCCAGGUGCUCCGUCAGGGUAACUCCACGACUGCAGAGUAUCUAGGCCGAGCCGGGGUUCUCGUCGAGGCUUUAGCUCAGGCCGGUCGGCCUCUCUCUCUGAUGGAGCAAAAUUUGUACGUGCUCCGUGGACUCUGA